AAAAUUUAUUUAACUAAUGUUUACUUAAUUAAAAGUAUUAAUCAUGUUGAAAUCAAUUAUUUUUAUUUGUAUUGUUAUACAAUGUUUAAUCAAUUGUACAUUAGUUUUGUGCAAUGAGGAUAAUAUUAUUUAUUCUGAAAGAGAUAUAAACAAUUAUUCUGAUUCCGAAUUUAAAAAGAAUGAUGAAUUCAAUGAAAGCAUGGAUAAGGAUAAACAUGAAGAUGAUCUAGAUAUAAACGAUUAUUCAGAUUUCGAAUCUAAAAGGAAUGAUGAAUUUAACGAAAGCAUGGAUAAAGAUAAGCAUGAAGAUGAUCUGUACCAAGUAGAAGACUUCAUUGAUCCACAUUCUUUCUUUUAUGACAGAGCCAGUAAAAAAGUAAUAGAGGAUAGAGUAAUAUUUCCAAAGAAGACGGAUAAAAUAUCUGAUCAAGAAGAAGAAUGUAAAAAAUCUAUUGAAGACUGUGAAAGGUUCAAAAUAUAUUAUGUGAGAUUAAUUAGGAUGUUAUUGAUGAAUUUGAACUUAAAGAUGGGAACAGAUGAUGAUUUGGUAGAGGGACAUUUAUUUAUAAAAGGAACAAAAAUGCAAAUAGAAAAACUUCAGAAAGUGGAAAUAGGAGAUUAUUCUCUAAAAGAAAUUGAUCUCAUCUUUAGUGAAAUUUUAUUGGAGCCUUCACUUGUUGAUAUUGUCUUAAAUACGAUCAACUUUAAUUGGAUUAUUCAAUCUGUGUUGAAAUUUGUAUAUAGUUAUAACGAAAUGAUUAUUAUUGCUUCCUGUGUACUGGCUGUUAUAAUAUUAUGCACCAAAAUAUCAUAUCGUCGUGCGAUUUUUUUUAUUCUCGUUAUUGGUUUUACUGUUAGCUAUACUAUGACUUAUUUGAAUUUAUUAAGGGAAGCUGAGGCUGAAUUUUUUGCAACUCAAGUUAAAUACACUGAUAUGCCUGUAGCUUGUAAACCAAAUGAAAUGACUUUUUGGGAAAGAUUCCGGCAUUCAGUUCUCCCUUCUGGUAAUGAUGAAUGCGAAAAAUAUUACAAAGCUAGAAUGUCUAAUCCAAAUUAUCAGGUAACACCUUUUAUUGUCUUAUCACGUUGUUUAUUCUCGAUAAUUGUACAACCAGGUUCACUUCUUGGAGAAGCUUUGUCUAACUUUAUAAAUAGUUCAACCGCUGAAUUGCCUUUUAUUUUAAAAUAUCCGAUGCAAGUAUUUCUAUUUUCAUUUCUUCCUAUAUUGACGGUUAUAGGAAUUAUUCUUCUUAGAGCAAAAUCUAUUGAAUUUGGACCUUUGAGAGGAUUAAGUUGUUCCUUUUCGGCACCUAGAACGAAUGCAUUACCUCAGGAUGAUACUCAAAAAAGACAAACAAUUCAACUAAUUCGCGAAAUUAUUGCGGAACUACCUACAAAUAUUCCCAAAGCAAUUACUUCUAAUAACGAUUUGCCUAAUGUCUUGCAAGGGAAAGAAAAUGAUAGUCCUGUGGACAAUUCUACCGAAAAAUCUUCUCAAUUAAUGUCGGAUAAAUCUUCAAAAGAAUUGAAUUCUGCCGGCGGUGAUACAGAUCUAUUUUCCAAAGAGAGUGAAAAGAAAACUUGCAAAUGCGGGAAAAACUCAGAAAUUAAUAAAGAAAUUGGAGGUGGUGAUGCUUAAUGUGUGAUGUUUAUUGUGAUUGAUGUUUAUAUGUGAAAUGUUAUUUUUUUUAAAUUAUUUAGAUUGAAAAAUGUAUUGCUAUAUUAACUUAAUUGCUGUUAAUACGACUUACAAAUGUAUCAAAAACUAGUUUUAAUGAAAUAUUCUUAUUAAUUUGUAUUAAAAUAUUUAACACAAUGA